GUCUGCAGAAGGUUCCAGGUUCAAUCACUAUCUUCAGGAAAGGCUUUUGGAGCUCUGCUGCCAGUCAGUAAGGAUCAGACUAAGCAAGAAGGGAGAAGAGAAAUGACAUAAUAUACAUUCCAGCCUUAGGGGGCAAAGAAGGCUGGGGGAAGAAGUUGGGGAACCCUGAAAGGGAGCUAUGCCUGUUGAUCUGAGGAGGCAGCCUGCAAGCAAGGCCCUUGUGUCACAGUUCACACAUCAUCAUGUUGCUGUGUUCCUGCUCACUUUCUUCAGCUACUCUCUUCUCCAUGCCUCCAGAAAGACCUUUAGUAAUGUCAAGGUCAGCAUCUCCAGUCAAUGGACUCCUUCUUGUCUUAAUGACUCUGCCUUCAUUCUUCAGCCAUAUAAGAUUUGGAACAGCAGUCAUCUAUUUCCUAAUGCUGAAGAAGCAACUCUGUUCCUUGGAACGUUGGACACCAUCUUCCUAUUCUCUUAUGCUGUGGGCCUCUUUGUUAGUGGUGUUGUUGGGGAUCGCUUGAACAUGCGUUGGGUUCUGGCAUUUGGGAUGUGCUCCUCUGCCGUAGUGGUGUUUGUGUUUGGCACUGUCACUGAAUGGCUGCGUUUCUACAACAAGUGGUUCUACUGCUGUCUGUGGAUUGUGAACGGCUUGCUGCAGUCCACUGGCUGGCCCUGUGUGGUAGCUGUCAUGGGAAACUGGUUUGGCAAAGCUGGGAGAGGAUUUGUUUUUGGGCUCUGGAGUGCCUGUGCAUCAGUGGGCAAUAUCCUUGGAGCAUUUCUUGCCUCCUCGGUUCUGCAGUAUGGCUAUGAGUAUGCCUUCUUGGUGACUGCAUCAGUACAGUUUGUUGGAGGAGUUAUCGUCUUUUUUGGCCUUGUGAUUUCUCCCAGAGAAGUAGGCCUCCCUGAAGUUGGCAAAGAAGGUGAUGGUAAUGCUGCCGAAGAAGAUGCCAGUGAGCCAUUAAUUGGCAGCAACGAGAAUGAAGAUUUUGACGAUCAGAAUUAUUCCAUUCAGGCUUCAGACUUAAGCAGUAGUACAAACACUCCAUCCCCGGCCAUUGGAUUUUUUCAGGCUUGUUGUUUACCUGGUGUCAUAUUGUAUUCCUUGGCCUAUGCUUGCCUGAAGCUAGUAAACUACUCCUUCUUCUUCUGGCUGCCUUUCUAUCUCAGCAACAAUUUUGGUUGGAAGGAAGCAGACGCUGACAAGCUCUCAAUCUGGUAUGAUGUUGGAGGCAUUAUAGGUGGUACCAUUCAAGGUUUUAUCUCUGAUGUGCUACAAAAAAGAGCUCCUGUAUUAGCUGUUAGCCUCAUCUUGGCUAUUGUAUCUCUCUUUGGAUACAGCCGUUCCCCAAAUAGCAAGCCUAUCAAUGCAGUUAUCAUGGCAACUACAGGCUUUUUCAUUGGAGGCCCUUCCAACAUGAUCAGCUCUGCCAUUUCUGCAGACCUGGGGCAUCAGGAGGUGAUAAAAGGAAGCAGUGAGGCUCUUGCAACUGUGACGGGGAUUGUGGAUGGCACCGGCAGUAUUGGGGCUGCUGUGGGUCAGUACUUAGUAUCUUUGAUCCAGGAGAAGUUGGGAUGGAUGCAAGUUUUCUAUUUCUUCAUUGUGAUGACCAGUUUAACGGUGCUCUUCAUCAUGCCUUUGAUAGUGAAGGAAAUCAGUACGCUCCUUGUACAGAGGCGCUUGCGCAGGUUGGCUGGAUGACCCCUUCUCUUUUCUAUUUAGUGGACUUUUUCAAGGGGAGGGGGAACUUGGAACUUCAGGCCUUUCACAUUCAUUUCUUUAUUUACAUCCACAAACAUUGGAUCUGCUUAAAAACUGUUUAGAAAUGGCCACCAAUAGAUUCAUUGCUGAAAAGUUGACAUCUGAAUCCCAUCUGAAGAUAACACUAUGGAAACCCGCAACUCGGAAAGAUCUAGCUGUUUGCUUGGAAGGCUUAAAGAGCGUACCAGAGAGAGAUGUUUCCUCUUUGAUUUUUACCUCUUGUUUCCAGGGCCAGUUUAUGUCAUUAUCAAGAUCAAGGGGUAAAACACUGGGCUUGUGUGGGAGAAAGCUCCUUGAAAGCCGAAAGUGGCUGUGCCUAGAAAAAGCAUUUGUAUAGUAAACCCUUGAUUUAAUGGAUAGGGGCCAGGGCAGGGGAAAGGGGUGUCUAUUAAAGCUAAAUGGGAUCAUUCAAGUCCAAAAUGUGCCCAUACAUGAGAUUAUGGUAAUAACAAUAAGUGCUCAGGAUAGCCUUUACCUAUGAAGCCGUAGGUAAAGGCUAAACCUAAAAGUGUAAAUAUUUAUACCUUUUCUUACAAAAUACAGUCACCUGAGCACCAACUCUUGUGAAAGAGUUUGAGAUAACCACUAACUGAUCAACUAACUAUCUGUUUACAGAUAUGCAGAAAAAAACAUGCCUAUGCAGAAGCAGCAAACAUUGCCUGUGCUGACUUGAUCCAUUGUUUGGGAUGAAUUCUGAUCUUGCCUGAAAUUCAGACAAAAAUCCAUAUCCAACAUAUUUUGUCCAUUGCAUUUGAGAUCCAUUAAACAGAGGAUUUACUAUACUUGCUUUCUUCCUAUUGUGCUCAUUUAUUGGUGAAAAUCCUGUGGUCUUCUGGAUACUCUCAAGCUUCAGGUCCCUUUAUGUCUCCCCAUUGGCUCUGCUGGCUAGGGCUGAUGAGAAUUGGAGUUCAGCAGCACCAGGAGAACCACAUAUUACACAUCCUUGUACCAAUUGAAGAUAAUGCUAUUUACAAAGGGGGAAAUUCAGAUUAAUGGUCUUCCCCCACUUGCAAAUUGAAGUGGAAUCAUCAAGAAAAAGUUUCGCCACAUGAUGCUGUUGCUUUUACAUAAACCGGCCCUUGUGUUUUGUUUGUACUGUAGUAAGUCUGGGUCUUUGUGCUAUAUCCGGACACUAAAAAGCUGCCAAACAGAAGAAAAGGGCAACACACUUUGCAUUUUAAUUUGGUGAAGGGGGAACACAUUUCUACCUUUUAGUAUCAAAAGAGCAUUUCAGAGCAGCUUGGGCCAAUCCACUGCUGGUUUUUGCAAACUGAUUGUACCAAUGACAGCUUUUUGGUAGUUCCCGAACUGCAUAUUUUUUUUAGGGUACUAUUAAAGCAGCUCAAAUCCUUUGUGUCUUCAUGUAAAAAGAACAUUUGUAGGGUUUUUGUUGAUCUCCAAAUGUUUGUCCUAUCCAGAUGUUCAUGUUAAUUUAACUUUCUCUAACAGAGCAACUGCAUUCCAUACUUGAUUUUUAUCUUCUCUUAACUGUGUGAAAACAAGCUGAGUCUCUGGAGAUGUGCAGAGCCAACUAUUUCAUACAGAGGGGUAGUAAUCAAGUUUUUAUUAGAAUGCUUACAUUUUUGUUAAUUUUUUAAAUAGGUUUGAGCAGAUGAUCAAAAGUAAAGAAAUAAUUAUCAUCCUUUGAGACUGCUUACUAUAUACACUGGAGAUCAUUGGUCACCUCUAGAUAGGCAGAGACCUCUUGAUUUCUCUUUAAGGACUCCCUAAGCCUGAUCCUUCCUUCCUUAAGACUCUAUAAUUAUACAAUCUAUGAUCCUCACCAAAGGCAUUCUGUGGGCAGAGCUUGUCAUUACAAAAUGUGCAUAGCUAUUCCCCAAAAAACAAAGCUGCCUUGGUUAGUUUUCCCCUUGUCUUUAGCCUCUAGAUCAGCUUCAUGCAAUCAAAUCUAGGACUCAUUAUGGCAUGAAUACAGAAAUCUUUGGUAUAAUGAGGCAGUUUGAACUAGAAGAUGAUAUUGAGAAAGUAAGACAUAAAUAUAGGGCUGCUGUUUUGAGCACUUGUAUUACAUAUUAAUGUAUAGUCCUGCCUUACAAAUUCAAUGAUUUUGGGUUGGAUCAGAUGAUAUCUGUCUUCCUGUAAUCUAUCUAUUGUACAAGAUUCAUCUUCACAUAUUCCAGAAAUUUCCAGACAGUGCUGCAUUAGCAAUGCUGCACUCGAUGGCAUCCACGGAAUCCCAAAAUUAAAUGCAAAAUGUUUGAUUUUAAACAGCCAAAAUCUUGAGAAAUCAUCAAAUUGUAUAAGCUCUUGGUAUUCUUGCCCAAAAUUAUGUAAGAUUUUGGGCAUUUUUAAAACAUUAUUUUUAGCACCUGACACAGCAUGAGUUCUUGAGAUAAUAUCUCCUGCCUAAAAUGCUUGCUGACUCUGAUGUAGAACAUACAGUCAUGAAAUCUGAUGUGCAUCAAGCAGUCAAUUCCCAAUGUUUAUGUGGGAUAACAAUGGUGCUAUCCUGUAUUUUAUGUAUUCUGCAGUUGUGUUCCCACAGACCUUAUUCUUUAGACCCCACUUGAAUGUUUAAUAAACAAGGCAUGCUCUUGAUUCCCACUGUACACAAGGGAUGGAUUUUUGGAGCACUAUUGUCUGGUCUAGCCAGCGGCUCUGUAGCUGAAAACUGGGGGAAAAUUUUGUACAUAAUCUUCAGCUCAGGCUCAGAGACCUUAGUGGCUGGGUUCACACAACACAUUUAUCCAGAUUCAAACAUGUCUGUGGAUGAUGGAAGUAUCACCGUAUCAUCCUUUACUGAAAGUGCAUUGUGCCACUGCAUGCAUGUAGCUGAAGUUUCAUUUUUGUGGGUCAAUAUGUUGUGCAAACAUAGCCUUUUAGUUCAUGGUUCAGUAUAUUGUGAGAACUCAGAAAAUUGGUUAAUUUAAAAAUGAAGUAAUCUGUUGUUCAGAUCCAGCCCUUGAGAACCGUAAAUUGGAUUAAAAGUACAAAAUGAGCUUCUUUAGGGUGCUGGGAUCCUCAACCCAAUUUUGAAAACUACUUUUUACCUGCUGACCUGGAUGUCACCUUGACCCUGAAUUUCUAGUGUUUUGUUGCUAUUGAGAUUGAGAUGGAAAGAACACUAAGUUAACUGUGAAUUUGAAGGGAAGAAAUUCUUGUUUUUGUUUUUCAAAAACAUCUUUAUAUGUACUUAAUGAUUAGUUUCUUUUUAAAAUGUAUAUGUUUAUGUAGAUUUUUAAAAUCAUGUUGUGGCUGCUGUAAGUGAAACAUUCUUGAUAACUUAAGAGCCUCUUAAUUGUGUUGCUUUACUGUUUUGUGUGUUCUCUUCCUGUAGUGCUGCUCUAUUCCACUGUCCUUUGAUAUACAAUAGCCUAAUUUAUGGGCAUUAAAAAACACACACACACCUGGGAAGAGGGACUUUUCUUCUUUACUUUUAAAUUAGAAAUCCACUCCAAGAGCAGAAUGCGAACUUUACUUUUUUUUCCUUGCUCCUUUCCACUAAGUUGUGGCAUCAACUCUUUUGUGGCUUACCUUGAAGAGAGAUGCCCUCAACCUCUGACUUUUGUUUUUAAUCACUAAAGUGCUUUCUUAAAAAUUAUGCUUAAAUAGUUUGAUUUUAUCAUGAAAGCAACAUGUUCUGAAAUCUAGCCCUGCCCUAGAUAAAGAAGCUUUUCCAGAUUUUGGGACACAAUCACUUUUCUCACUUCUGGUUAGCUUUAUGGGAGGGAGCCAGAGAGACCACCCUUCCUGCAUGUUAUCACUGUGAGAGAAGAACAGGAAACUUUAUAAUCACGUCCUUGAAUCAAACUGUGAGAUCUCAGUCUAUACUGAUUUCUUGGCUGACUGGGCGUGAAGCCUGGCCAAUACUCUGAAGGAGCAAUCCCCUGAUCUGGCACCCUUGAAAUGUUAGGCUAUGGCUCCCAUUGUCUUCACCAGCAUAGCCAAAAGUUAUAUGAGCUGUAGUUCAAUGCAUGUGAAAGGUUCCAGGUUUGCCAAAGUCUGUUCCAGGGUACAGUAGAAUUGGUUUCAAUGCAGAUUGUCUUUGUCUGAAAUAUGUGCAUGGAGUGCAACUCAUGUAUAUUCAAACUAUUUCUACCACAUUGGCAAUGUUUGUUUGCCUUUAGCCUGGAUAGCUGUAAGCUUUAAUAUAAAUUGUUCAUGUCAGCAAACACAAUAAAAAAGUUUACAGAAUUUUCCUUGCAAAGAGCCAAGUUAGCUGCCCACAGGUAUUUGAGAUGGGCGGCCAUAUAAAUUGAAUGAAUGAAUAAAAAAUAAAGGCUGUCCGUAACAAACUCAUCUUGGGGUGCUAUGAAACACUGUUCUUGGUAACACUGUAGAUGCUUCCUUCCUCGAUCUUAUGUAUUUCCACUUAAGAUUCUCUGUGAAAGUAAGUAGGAGAAAAAGAAACGCUGUCAAUUGUCCCAUUGAGUUUGACUUUAUUAAAUUAUUUUUGGCAACAGAAAAA